CUCUAACACGCCAACUGAAAAGAACUGAUUCAAGGUGGUGUCACCAAAUUCAUACUAAGAGGGCAUGAUUGUCGUUAUGUGUGGAGAAAGGACAGAGGGGGCUGAUGCUGGAUUUCUUCUGUACUUUAUUCUACUCACACAUAUACAUAUAGUGUGUGAUUUCCUAUAAGAAAUAACAACAGUACAACAAAUUUUUGAAUACAUAAACAUCUAUGCAUAAGCUUAUCUUUCAACUGUUGCCAGUUUAUAAACAAAAAUAAAUAAGGUUGCCAAAUCAAAUAUUAUAAUCUUACAUAUUUCUCUUUCAUGUCAAUUUACCGUAUGUAUUAACGUAACACUUCCUGUAAUGAGCAGGGUACAGCAUGCUUAUUGCAUUCUGCAACCCAACACAAAACAGUAACACACUAGCUACUGCCUGGUGAUAUCUCUCAUAAUAAUGUAAACUACUAAGCCAGUCGUUCCUACAAGAUUUACACUUACAGAAACACUGAGGAACAAUAAUCAAAUGCACUUAAACCAUAACUGAAAACUGUAAACUACUGACUUUUGGGCCUUUUCUAUCCACCUUAAUCCGAGCCCCCAUGAGGCUUUGCGAUUUCCACCGCAAACAGCCAUUUGUUUACAUGUUAGCAACUCGCUAACCGGCUUUCAUCAGAGGUUUCAGGCUAUAAAGAAUGUAGGAACUCCAGCUAUUACAGCUUACAUGUGGCAAUAUUGUUUUACCGCUACCUACAGCUAAUGCGGGGAGGCAUGGCGACUUGAAGAAAUGGCCACAAAUAACCUGCACUAGCAUAGUUAGCUACUUCACUGACUCCGUUACUUCGGAUGGCUUUUUAUUCACACAAUGAAAUGAGCACACAUAAAAGCAUUUUGGGUUCCCUGUUCAAAUUUAGAAUUUUUAGCCAAAUUCUUUUUGUUUCCUGAACUACCGCUUUUGUUUUGGGAGCCGUUCAAGACACACCUGUUUCUGCCACUAAUUAAACGUGGUCUGAUUAUUAAAGUGCAACCAUGAACAGCACAACAGUUACUGAGCUCCGCAAGGGCAGACACUUUCCAGUUUCAAGAUGCUCUUUAUAACAGGUCAAUGUGUGAUUCGGUUCGGUUCUGGCCCAGUGGGGAGAUUCUCCAUAUUACGGUCUGGAGCGCAGCAGCUGCGGUCAUUUCUCCGCUGAUUUGCAGCGACACUCAGCAACGGAGAACCUCGAGGUUCUGGUUGAGAUGGAUUAAAUAAACCCAGAUAUGUUAUUUUGUCUUAUAAAAAAAUGUUCCUGGCCCAGACACAAUGAUAAAGACUCAGAUCAUGAACUUUAUUAUUUUUUAAAUACAAACGAAAGAUAAAAUUCACAUCACACCAAGCUAAUAUUAUGUAGUUCUGGUGUUUUACACUGUCGGCGCAGAACGUCAGCUCAGAUCUCUGAGCAGCUUCUCUGCUUUUCUCUUCUUUAUUACUGUCAGUUCUUCAGAGAAACGAGCUGCUAGCAGCGCUGCUAACUCACAGUCAUUCCGUAACAAAACGUAAUGAUCGUGUUCCUGUCAUUCCCCGUGAUUAAACUCACAAUUACUAUCCUCUGUACUGAGCAGCUCUCUGAUAGCAGAUGGUGUGUUAUUGUAUUAUAACCGAAAAAAGAUGUAACUUCUAUCAUGAAUAUAGAUUAGCAAAAAACCCUACAAAUUACAAUGAAAUACUGCUACUUCCGGUGGGCGCUGGAAGUAAGACCCAUAAUCGUUUCCACAGUAAACCACCCAGGAAUAAGGUGGAUACAAGGCCCAUGGUCUAUUCUAGCCGACAUGCAAGCUCUAGUGGAUAUUACUUGCACUCUUUUGCUGCUCAAUCCGGACUUCACCACUGCCUGGAAUGUCAGGAAAGAGCUGCUAGAGUGUGGUGCUCUCAAUCCAGAAAGAGACCUUUACCUGAGCAAACUGGCCCUCACCAAAUUCCCCAAAAGCCCUGAGACAUGGAUACAUAGACGCUGGGUGUUGCAGCACAUCCUGCGUCAGUUUUCUGCUGUGGCCCACAAGACUCAGCAGCGGGUUGAAGCAGAGCAGCCUGAUGCAGAGAGGAGCCAGUUUUUGGGUAGUCAUCUGGACAGAUUAAUACACCAGGAGAUGAAGGUGUGCUCUGAUGCUGCUUGUCGCUAUCCUAGUAAUUAUAAUGCCUGGUCCCACCGCAUCUGGGUACUGCAGCACAUGGCCAAAGGCAACAUAAAGGUUUUCCGUGAUGAACUGUCAUCUGUGCAUCCAUGGGUCUCCAUGCACGUAUCUGAUCACAGUGGGUUUCACUACCGGCAGUUCCUUCUCAAGGAGUUACUGAACACUGAACUGAGCCAGUCUUUGUCUUCUGAUUCUGCUAGCACAGUCUUUUGUCCAUCCCAGCACCAGAGCAAUACAGUCCAUAGCACCUGUCCUCAGGCUAAUGGUGAGCUGUCAUUGGCUGAUGCAGCCUGCGGGGAUAGGAUCACUACAGUAUUUAAACUUUUUUACCAGGAGACUGAACUGUGCGCUGACCUGAUUCAGUCUUUUCCUGGACAUGAAACACUCUGGAGUCACAGGCGGCAUGUGUACUACUUAUGGCACCACUGGAGGCAGGAUCAAGAUCUCUGCACUGAUGGCAGAGAGAAUGAGUUGAAGCCUACAUGUAUCAAUGAGCCAGAUGGCAGCCAGGGGAGGAAUGUGGACAGACAUAAACAUGUUAGUGUUCCUAUGGAGGUGGAUAGGGUGUCCUUGCCUGACCAUGACAGCAAGCGUCUAAGGAGAGGAAUCCUUCUGCCCAACCUUCUGACCCUACAAAAUGAACACACCUUUGUUAACAGCAUACUGAACAGUUGCUGUAAUGCUGAGCAGAACAACUAUGCUGUGGCAUACAAAAAGUGGUUAGAUACUGUCAUUAGUGCACAGUCUUUAGACAUAUAAGAUCUAGGCCCAUACAUUCAACACUAAAGUGGCCUUUAGAUACUGAUUUAGGAAUAACUUACUUACCUGUAGUUAUAAUUAAAAUGAGGUGUAUAUCAACAUGGAGUUACUUUCAGAACUAUCUGCUAUGAGGAGGCAGUAUGCAAGAUCAGUUUGAGUGUAUUCUUCAGAAGUCCUGUUUGAGUGUGAGCUGAGCUACAUAGACUCUGUUUGUGUCUGACAGCAAUUUUUUUUCUUUGUCUGCCCAGGCCUUAGAUCAAAUUUCUGUUUCUCUUCAUAUGUGUAAGCAAAAAAUAUGUGAAGUUUGUGUAGCAGAAUAUAAUCAGAUGAGAAAGUGGACGAAGAAUUGGUUUUACUAACAGUCGUUAAACUUGAUAGUGUGAAGUUUUAAAUAGCCAAAUGGAACGAAAAAGUAAAAUAAUGAAAUGAAUUAAUAACUUUUUGCAGUUUAAAUUUUUUUUUCAUGUUAAAUAGCAGACUACUGGAAGCGGUAUCACUUGGAAUUUUUUUUCUGUUAUUUUUCAGCUCUUCACACUGUAUAAAUCUGAUAUAAAAUAUUGCAUACAUGUUUUUGACCUUGAACAUUUUACUAAUGUAUGUACAAUAUAUUCUUUGGUUUGUUUUUUAAUAGUGGUAAACAUAAUGGUAAAGUCAUGUUAAAGAGCUUACAAUAAAAGUUUACCCACUUGUAAAUU